AUGGCAGACGACUUCGGACUCGGUGCGUUCUACAUAUUCCCCCUGACUAUAGGACCAAGUUGCGACAACGAGGUCAACCCACUUCUAGAAAGGUUAGUACGUUUUCACCGGAAUCGAAGGAGAUUGCCUCGGAAGCAGCGUCAGCAUGAAUGUUCCAGUAAAGCAAAUCGACAGCUGGCCAAGAGGAAUCCGCCAUCGUCUUCCGGUGGAAUCGACCUUCAAACCUCUUCAACAAACGCUUCCACUCGAAAUGGAAUUAGAGCCUUGAACCGGAUUUCACUCACUCAAAGUAGGUCCGCCUGUCGCGACGGCUACUGCUUCUUUGAGUUGACCCGCCGGAUAGCCCCCAUCGAGGAUGAGUUGUUCAAUAAACUCGAGAUGGCCGAGGCGAGCUUCGAAGCAGAUGUGCUUGUCGAUGAUCUGCUUUAG